AUGUUGAUGGUUGCCAUUCACUAUGGCGUAGGAAGACACAAUUACUACGUCCCAGACGACAAAGAGGUGCUGGCAGAGAAAUGGCUCUUCCUCUGCCAGCCGCCCUUCCCCUGGGCCCUCGCCUGCUCCAAGAUCAGCAUCGCCUGGAUGCUCAUCCGGAUCCAGCGCGACCGACCCUGGUGGACGUGGAGCAUGUACUUUCUCAUGUUCAUAUCAUUGGGCGUCGCCAUCGUUUCCAAUGUCUUCCAGCUGUCGGCCUGCAAACCGCUAUGGGCGGUCUGGGACCACAGCAACCCCGACGCUGUGUGUACGGACCCGGCCAUAAGUCAGACCUCUAUUUACGUAACGGCGGUUCUGACCAUCAUAACCGAUGUCGCGCUCAGUCUUGCGCCCAUCACCUUCAUCGUCAACAUCCAACGCCCCCUUCGCGAGAAGAUUGCGCUCGGCUUCGUUAUGGGUCUCGGUAUCUUUGCCAGCAGCGCUUCCAUUGCGAAAACAUUCAUGAUUGGGAGCUACGGAAAGACAGGUGACACGUUGAUGGAUACGGUUGGACUCACGACGUGGAGUAUGGUGGAGGCACAGCUUGCCAUCAUCGCCGCCUGCAUCCCGACGCUCAAGCGCCUCUUCGAACAGAUCCUCCGCCGGUACGGCCUCAUCUCGAGCCAGAACUCGGCGACUCGCUCCCGGUCAGGAUACUACAAGCACGACGAACACUCGCGCUCGCGCGCCUACAGCCAGCACCAGUCAGAGAACCACAAGCUCUCGACAAUGAGGUCUCAGCGCGACGCCAAACACAGCGCCGCCGCGACGAACGCCGAGACAAGCAGCGUCGACAGCGGCGAGAUGCCCAUCAUGAAGCCCAGCCACAAGGGCUCGAUCGGGGACUUUGAGUCCGUCACCUCACCAACGCCGAACAGCGAAAACGGCGUCUACUUCAGGACGGCCAUCAAGGCCGGGGACAGGGAGAUGAGUGGGCCGGACCAGAACGGGAUUCAGAUGGAGACAACGGUCUCUGUGCGCACAGAGCCGAAACAGCGGAGGAGGGAAGCAGACAUUGUUUGA